AUCAAAUUUAUAAAUACUAGAUUCCUCACGCCGGGAAGAAACAGCGAAUCGACAAUGUCAGAUCCCGUCGCGACGUUGCCGUCUCCGAGAUCCGCCGCAGACGUAUUCUGGGAUGACUCUCGUCCUCCUCUAUGGUUCAACCCUUCCCUCUUCCUUUCCCCAGUCUUCGACUCCGAGUCCUUCAUCUCAGACCUCCGUACUUUCGUCCCCUUCGACACUCUCCGAUCCGAGCUCCGAUCACACCUUUCCUCCCUCAACGGCGAACUCGUUGACCACAUCAAUCGCGACUACGCCGAUUUCGUUAAUUUGAGCGCUAAGCUCGUUGAUAUCGACGAAACUGCAGUCCGCAUGCGCGCUCCCCUCCUUGAGCUCCGUGAGGAGAUCAGUGCGUUUCGUGGAUCUGUGGAGGAUGCACAUGUCGCACGUGCGAGUGGAUUAAACCAACGUAACGAUACUGGGGCUGCAAGGGAGGUUCUGGAAUCGUCGCUCGACGCUUUUCGUGUGGUGUCUAAGGUUGAAAAGCUUCUACAAGAGCAGCAAGAUGGCGCAACCAUGAGAGAAUCACAGAGCAUUCUCUUGGAAAGAAUAGCUAGUGAAUUGAAUCGGCUCAAGUUCCAUAUGACUCAUGCACAGAAUCUGCCUUUCAUUGAGAACUUAGAGAAGAGGAUUCAGAGCGCUAGUGUGCUAUUUGAUGCUAGCUUGCGUAAUUGCUUCAUUGACGGGCUAAACAACAGAGAAUCAAACGUCAUUUACAACUGUCUACGUGCAUAUGCUGCCACUGAUAAAAUUAAGAAUGCAGAAGAGGUGUUUCGUACGACCAUUGUGGCUCCAUUUAUACAUAAAGUUAUUGCAUAUGAAGCAUAUGAUGGAACAUUGGGAGAUGGACUAGAAAACGAUUACAGACAGAUCAAGCUUUUCGUCGCCAGGGACUGUAAAAUGCUGCUAGAGAUAUCUUCCACUGACAAAUCGGGUUCGCAUGUCUUCAACUUCUUGGCAAACUCAAUCCUGAAAGAAGUUCUUUCGGAAAUCCAGAAAGUCAAACCAGGCGUGUUUUCUCCUGGAAGGCCUACCGAGUUCUUGAAGAAUUACAAGGCAAGCUUGGAUUUCCUGGCAUACCUUGAAGGUUACUGUCCGUCAAGGUCUGCUGUAACUAAGUUUCGAGCUGAAGCGAUAUGUAUCGAAUUCAUGAAGCAAUGGAAUGUGAGAGUGUACUUUUCAAUGAGGUUUCAGGAAAUAGCUGGAGGCUUGGAUUCUGCUCUUACUUCUGCUUCUCUGGUUUUUCUUCAGGACUCUGACUCAGAUAAACGGAGUUCACCCACCUUAAUGCUUAGACAGAGCGUAGCUCUUUUGGAGAGCUUGCGAUCAUGCUGGAAAGAAGAUGUUCACAUUUUCUCUGCCGCUGAUAAAUUUCUUCGCUUGGCCUUGCAGCUUCUUUCGAGAUAUUGCAACUGGGUGUCUUCUGCGGUGAAUGCUAGAAAGAGUAAUGCCAGCCUGACUCCUGGAUGUGAAUGGGCAGUUUCAGCCACUGCAGAGGAUUUUGUAUAUGUUAUACAUGAUGUAAAUUGUAUAGUCUCAGAAGUUCGUGGCGAUUACCUUGGACUUAUAUCACACUAUUUAUCUUCAUGCCCCUCUGAAGUUCUGGAUGUGGUGAGGAAGAGCAUGCUACAGGGUGUAGAAUCAUUAGAAAACGUCCUACCUUUGGUUAAGAAAACCAUUAUUGAAGUCAUUGUUGAUAAAUCUGUUGAGGAACUAAGUCAGCUCAAGGGAAUAGCCGCAACAUGUAUGAUGUCUAAUAAACCACUGCCUAUUAGGCAUUCACCGUACGUGGUUGGACUAUUGCGCCCUCUAAAGGCCUUUUUGGAGGGAGACAAGGCUAGACAUUACUUGACCCACGAAACAAGGGAGGAGUUAUUGCUUGGCACUCUCACUGAAAUGACCAGGCGGUAUUAUGAACUAGCUGCUGGACGUCUAAGCGACGCGAGAAAAACAGAGACAUAUCUUCAGAAAUCACGACAAAAUGCACAGAAACGAGCAGGUGCAGCAGCAUCAGGUGUAACUGACCACAAUGUAUCUGGAACAGAGAAGAUGUGUAUGCAGUUGUUCCUUGAUCUUCAGGAGUAUGGCCGAAACAUCUCUGCGUUGGGGUUGAAUCCGGCAGAUAUCGAGCCUUAUUGUUCCCUCUGGAAAUGCGUUGCACCUCCGGAUAGGCAAAACACAAUUAGUGUUUGAGGACUGGCGCUGCUUUUUCAUACAACAUGUUGAUCUCUUAUAAAAAGAGCUGUAGCUUCUUUUCUUCACUUGGGUUUGUUUACUUAGUACAGCGACCAGAAGAGGAAGAGAGUUUUAUCAAAGAGACGAGUGUUUUCCAAAGUUGCAUUAUGAUUGAUAGAUCUUGAGUAGUUAGUGCCUGCUUUGGCCAUUCAGUCUUUUGUAGGACUAUUCCGUCGUCGGUAUAUAACACCACACCAAAGAGAUUCGAAACA